AUGGAACCAAAGCAAAUGGCAAAAACCGGCGAAAUUAAAUUAGCAUGUUUUAUUGCAGAACACAAUCUUGGAUUUAAUGUUGCCUCACAUCUGACAAAUUUAGUAAAAUCGGUGUGUCCGGAUUCAAAAAUUGCAGAACAUUUGUCUAUGAGCCGAACAAAAGCAAGAUCUGUCAUAGUAAAUGUGACAGAAAAAACCUCUGAAGAAAAAUUAAGAGAAAAUGAAUUUGCAUUGCUGGUUGAUGAGAGCACUGAUAAGUCGGCCAUCAAGCAUUUGGCUUUAAUAACCAGGAUAGUCAAUGCAAAUUAUGAAGUAGAAGAUAAAUUUCUAACUUUGAUUGCAAUCACCGACGGAUCAGCAAAAGCUUUGCAUACAAAAAUUGUUGAAUAUUUUGAGGAGAAAGAAAUUCCAUAUAAAAAAAAUUUAUUAGGAUUUGCGUCUGAUGGUGCUAAUUUCAUGUUUGGGGCGAAUAACUCAUUGGUCACUUAUUUGAAGAAUGAUAUUCCAAAUCUUUUCACAAUGAAGUGUAUAUGCCAUUCAUUUGCGCUUUGUGCAUCCCACGCAUGUGAAAAAUUAUCGAGAGGUCUUGAAGAUUUUUGCCGUGAAGUUUUCAACCAUAUUCAAAAUUCUCCUAAACGUAUUGGUGAUUUUAAAACUUUUCAGGCAUUUACAAAUAUUAAACCGCAUAAAAUAUUACACCCUGCACAAACCACAUGGUUAUCGUUAAACGAUGUUGUGAAGCGAUUGUUGGAACAACUUCCAGCGAUAAAAUUAUAUUUUCAAUCUGCUGUCUCUUUACGGAUCGUCUUCUUUCUGCACAAAGUAUAUUGA